GGCUUCCCAAUUCCUAGGUUAUGUUCAGAUUUGUGUGUCCAUGUACCCAUAUGCUCGUCAAUUGGUUUUUAUUAACUGUUUUCAACAAAACUUGUCUUCUAAAUCUGGGGUUGGUUCGGGCCAGUUUGUAAGGCCUGUGAACUGAGAAUGCUUAUGUUUUUUUAAGUGUUAGAAAAUAUAUCCCAGGCUCCUAACUUUCACACCAUCCCACCUGGCUCAAGACUGCUGAAGGCCUGAAACGUUUUUCAAGAGUGCAGAAGUGGUAGAUUUUCAGUGCUUAAACCGAAAAGCUGACAAAUUGGAAACUUAACCUUUAUUAACUAUAAGCUUGUGUUUUAAUCGAAAGUUAGUACUUCAUUUUUGAUUCACAGGCCUAAAAGGAUUAUCUUGCCACAGAGAACAUGAUAUUGGGAUAAAGAAGUGAUAACACCUAUUUGAAAUUUGCUGUUUUAAUUCUAAGGAGUGUGUAUAAUGCUGAUUUCAGGGUGCUUGGUAACAGUCUUGGGGAAAACUUGUGCCUUCAGCUUAUUUACCAAGUGGCUUGCACUUUAUAGGCUAAACUGGAAAUAGCCUCUUCAAUCAAAAGCCAUGCCGCUGUCAAGUUUCAGCCACAGAAAAGCAAUUAAAAUUGGUAUUGGGUUACCCUGUGACAAGAGUUGCUUACAACCUAAUCACCUGUGGAUCUUUUUUUUAAAUAUGAAAAACUGGCAUCCUAUGGAAUCAGGAGCUACUGUAUUUUAAUUUGUACUUCGUGCCUAUAACCAAACACACACCCAUUGCCGUCAAUUCCGACUUAUAGUGACCCUAUAAGACAGAGUAGAACUGCCCCCAGAGAGUUUCCAAGGAGCGCCUGGUAGAUUCAAGCUGCCCACCUUUUGGUUAGCAGCUGUAACUCUUAACCACUAAGCUACCAGGGUUUCCUCAUGCAAGUAGGGAACUGAAAAUCAGGACAGGAUGGACAAGUGUCCCAAACUUCUUCCUUGCACAUACUGAGCAGAGACGCUAGAAUGUACAUUAAGUUUAGGAGUAACACAUAUUAAGUCAGUUGCAAAAUACUAGAUCCCAAUCAACCUCUGACAACAAGUUUGUCAAAUUCAAAGCCUAAGCUUCCUUCUCUUCAUAAAUGCAGUGUUUAAUUAUGGUACACAUACUUCAUAGACCUGACAAGCCCAAACUCGUAUUUACACACCAACCAGGUGCUUGUCAAAGACCGAGGCAAGGAUGAAAUCCUGCAAAACUGAGUAAGAUCCGAAGCUCUUUGUAAUUCUGUGCAUAUUUCUGAAACACUCUUUAAACUUCUAGAUUGGAGCUGGGGUGAGCCUUCCAGGAAUUCUGGCUGCAAAAUGUGGUGCUACAGUAAUUCUCUCAGACAACUCAGAACUGCCUCAUUCUCUAGAAAUCUGUCAGCAAAGCUGCCAAAUGAAUAACCUGCCACAGGUUCAUGUUCUAGGGCUAACAUGGGGCCAUGUAUCUCCUGAUCUUCUGGCUCUACCACCACAAGAUGUUAUUCUUGCAUCUGAUGUAUUUUUUGAACCAGAAGACUUUGAAGACAUUUUAACUACUGUGUACUUUCUGAUGGAAAAGAAUCCCAAAGUCCAGCUGUGGUCGACCUACCAGGUUAGAAGUGCUGACUGGUCACUUGAAGCUUUGCUCUACAAGUGGGAUAUGAAAUGUGUCCACAUUCCUCUGGAGUCUUUUGAUGCAGACCAAGAAGAUAUAGCAGAGUCUGCCCUCCCAGGAAGACAUACUAUUGAAAUGUUGAUCAUCUCCUUUGCAAAGGGCAGCCCUGACUUACCCCCGUGAGCUGUUUUGGGGCACUGUCAACACUGAGUAGCAAUGGGGCCCAUAACCUACCAGUCAGUAGACCACUUUCAGUUCCAGAAUAGAAGCAGUGGGAUUUCAAGGCGGUCAUACCUGCUGGCCUUAGAUAACUGUGAUGAGUCACCUAAACACUCACGGCUAACAAUCAUGAAAACAAAAAUUAAAAAGACCUGUGGAGAAAAAGACUUGGAUUGUUCCUCGAUCGUUACAUAGGGCAUAAAUCAGGUUUUGAGAGGGGUGGACUGACAACCUCAAAGUGCUGCCAGAACACUGAUUUUAAGGAGAGUAGGCGCUCAACUGGCAGUUCUACUCCUCUUUAGGAAAAGCCAGCUCCUAACCUUUCACUGCCAUCCUACCAAUACAGCCAAUGACAUCCACAAGAUAGGUGCAUAAGUCUUUUAAAAUAAACGAGGAGAAAAAAAAGACCAAGACAU